GCUCUGUAAAAAAUUGGCAUUUUGCUAAGUCUUCAUCCUUGCAAAUGUAAUCCAAAGCAAUAAAAGAACAAAAAAAAAAGAGCAAGAGACAAUAGAGGGCCCAAGGAGAGAGCGGUCGAAAGCCCAGAACAAAAUUGCAAAGACGAAAUUCAUCAUCACACCAGUAUUCCGAAACCCUAAACGCAGCUAACGCAAGCGAUCCUCAUUGAGCCCGAAACCGAAAUGUGUUCUGCAGCAUGAAGUUGCUUGUAUUGCAAAAGCAAAAGCAAAGCUAGAGUUUCAGCGAAAGCACAGCACAAGGCAGAAUCAUGAACCGUCUGAGUUUGGAGCAGGUGCUCAAGGACAACAACACUCGCGACCCCAACUCCAUUUCAAGUCUCAAGCUCAAUCACAAGGCUCUUUCCGAUGUGUCGUGCUUGAGCGAGUUCAAGAACUUGGAGAGGCUCGACCUCAGCUUCAACAAUCUCACUUCUCUUGAGGGGUUAAAGUCAUGUGUCAAUUUAAAAUGGCUGUCAGUUGCAAACAAUAAACUGCAAAGCCUCAAAGGUAUUGAAGGACUUUCUAAGCUCACUGUGUUAAAUGCAGGCAAGAAUAAGCUCAAGGUAAUGGAUGAGGUCAUGUCUAUUGUUAGCUUACGUGCAGUGAUAUUGAACGAUAAUGAGAUUGCUUCAGUUUGCAGACUUGAACCUCUGAGAGACCUGAACACUCUUGUUCUUUCUAGAAAUCCGAUCCGUGACAUUGGUGAUUCUCUGAUGAAGGUGAAAUCUAUCACAAAGCUUUCUCUCUCCCACUGCCAACUUCAAACCAUACAGUCUUCACUCAAGUCCUGUAGUGAACUGAAAGAGCUCCGUCUUGCUCAUAACGAUAUUAAGGGUCUCCCAGCCGAGUUGGCUCUUAAUAAGAAACUCCAGAAUCUGGACUUGGGGAAUAAUGUGAUCACAAGAUGGUCCGAUCUGAAGGUGCUCGAUUCAUUGGUCAAUCUGAAAAAUCUCAAUCUGCAAGGGAACCCUAUUGUUGAAAAGGAUAAAUUAGCAAAGAAGAUUAAAAGAAUAUUGCCGAACCUGCACGUAUUCAAUGCAAGACCAAUAGAUAAAUACACCAAGAAUGAAAAGGAUGCUGGAGUUGAUGAAGUUGAUGAUUCUUCACUUAAUGCUGCUAACAAGCAAGAAAGUCAAACAGAAAAGCGAAAAGAUAGAGACUUCAAACAUCUUAUGAUGGCUGGAACUAAGAGUGGUACUAAGGGUGGUAUUGGUAAGCUUGAAAACUCUAGUGAUUCUGAUACGAAGAAAUUGAAACCGAAAAGGCAGAAACCAGAUGACAAUGUCUCAAACCACGAAGUUUUGGUCCAGGGGGAUGAAAAAAGUGAUCAUGUCAAGAAAAAGAGCUACAAACAUCAGGUGUUAAAUGAAAAUGAUCCUAGUAAUCUUCAAAAAGCUGGGGAUUUGGAGAAGGAAUCACAGAAAAAGAAGCAGAAAAAGAAUCCACUCCAUACAGAAGAUAAUACCAAGGUUGGGAAAAAACUAGAGAAAGCAAAGGUGAAACAACAAGGUGAACUUGUCAAGUAUGAUUUUUCCCACUUAAAAGAUGCAAACAAAAUGGCUGAAAAUGAAACAUUGGCUUGGCUGCUAUAUUUUGGCUUGGUGGUUGUGGAUUCAUGGUUUAAAUGUUUAGUACGCAUUGUGAUCAAGGAGGGUUUUGGACUGCAGAGGUAAUGUUGAACUUCAUGCUCAACAAUUGUGGUAAAACCAACCAAGAAAUACUGUUAUGAUAUUAUACCAUCAAGUGCAAAAUGGAAAUGUACUUAAAUUGUUCAAUUCAGGCCCAU